AACUUUCGACUAGGCUAAACGCGGUGCGCACGCAUCUGACAGUAUCCCCGUGUGUUCGGUAGAGUUCGGUAACGGUCGGGAUAACGUUUGGCCGGUUCGUUCGGUCGAACAAACCGCGAGAGCACAGUAUACCGUUGACCAACAACCCUUUCGCGUGCGAGGAUGUCUCGUCACGACUAAUCACACUCCCCUUUUUCACUCUCUUUCUCUUUCUCUCUUUCUCUCUCUUUAUCUUUUUCUCUUAUACUUUUUCUUUCUUGUCCCUCUAUACACGAAUUUCGGCUGCGUGUUAUAACAGUGCCAGGGAAGCUCGAACACGUCGCUGGAACUUUCGCACCUACCGAUACCUAUCGACGUUUCCGCGGCUGACAGUGUGUGACUCUUGCUCGAGCCGUUAAACCGUGCUGCUCUCAGCAUCCGUCUCGAUCCCGCCCCUUGCCCCCUCGCUCGUUCUCCGUCGCGGAGAAAAUCAUGGACGAGACGAAUGGGAAAAUGCGGAACAAGCGCGAGGAUGUGGACACUGCAUCCCUCAGUGCUGACAUCCUGAAUCCGUUCGUGCAUCGUCUGGAGCUCGACACAACCUACGACAAGCUCAAGACGGCAUUCCUGACGGUAGCGCUGCUGCCAUUCAGACUGGCUGCAAUUACGGCUUUGGUGAUCAUGGCCUGGCUCCUAGCUUGUCUAGGUCUCCUUGGAUUGUCCGAGGAGGAUCUCCGACGAGCUCCUCUGAAAGGGUGGAGACGCAAAAUAGUCCCCUGGCUGUGCUUCAUGGGCCGGCUGACGUACCAGGCAGGAGGGAUGAGGAUCGUUGUACGUGGAAGACAGGCCAGCAGGUCCGAGGCGCCGAUCCUAGUGGUUGCACCCCAUUCCACAUUCAUGGACGGCGGGAUCGUCUACAUAACUGGCUUCCCUUCGAUCAUCGUAAGGCGAGAGUCGGGACUGAAUCCGUUCAUCGGAAAACUUAUCAACUACACGCAGCCGGUCUAUGUGUGGAGGGAAGAUCCGAAUUCACGGCAAAAUACGAUCAAGGAAAUCAUCGAGAGGGCUACAUCGAAGGAGGAUUGGCCACAGGUGAUGAUUUUCCCAGAAGGCACCUGUACGAAUCGGUCCUGCCUAAUUACUUUUAAGUCCGGUGCAUUCUAUCCUGGCGUCCCGGUCCAGCCUGUGUGCAUUAGGUAUCCUAAUAAAUUGGACACGGUCACUUGGACUUGGGAGGGUCCUGGAGCAUUAAAAUUGCUCUGGCUGACGUUGACCCAACUGAACAGUAGCUGCGAAAUCGAGUUUCUCCCCGUUUACAAACCAAGCGAAGCCGAGAAAACGGAUCCUAAGCUUUACGCAAAUAAUGUACGACGUUUGAUGGCAGAAGCUUUGCAGAUUCCAGUAUCAGACUACACCUACAACGAUUGUAGAAUUAUUACUAAAGCUCAUCAGUUGCAUAUGCCUCAUGCAUCCAUUUUAGUAGAAGCCCAUAAGCUUCGUAAUAAACUCGGGUUAGUAACAGCAAAAACAGAAGAAGAAAUAGUACAGAAAAAAAUAGGAAGACUUAGCGAAGAAGUUGACUUGCAUGAAUUUGCCCAACUUUUAAGAAUCGACGAGAAAGAGCCUGCUCUCCAACAACUUUUCCGAAUACAUGAUAAAAAUGGAUCAGGUAAAAUAGAUUUUGAGGAGUACAUAUUCUCAGUAUUAGCUACGUCAAACGCAAAUACUGAACUAGACAAGGUAGAAACAGCAUUUGAAGUAUGUGGCACGAAAUCAUUAUCGUGUAUCGGUAAAAUGGAGUUGAGGAAGGCCUUAAAACUGUCAUUAAAUGUACCACCAGAAGAGUCCGAUAAAAUUUUCCAGCACGCCAAAAUUGACUUUCCAGAUACGACAGUGAAUUUCGAAUUUGUAUUAGCCGCAUUAUCGGAACGUGCAGAAUACACUCACAUAUUUGCUAUUAAUACCGAAACGAGGAAAAAAAGUAUUUGAGAAUAUUUCAUCAACUCGUUCCACACUCAUCGAAGAAGCAGGACACGCGGUGUUUGUAGCAGGCCGCUUCUCAAUCAGAUAUGCGCCAGUCCUGUAUAAUUUUGUUCUAUUUUUGCUGAUAUUACUACUUUCUCAACGAUUAGAUAGCCAUUUUUUGUUAGUAUUACAGCGUUGAUGAAACAAGAAAUUGUCUUCGUGAGGAUUAAGCAAAACACGGAACGAGAAGAUUGCAUAGAAUAUUAGGGACUCUAUUAAAUAAACGAUAUUGUUGCCUAGCGUUCGCGUAGCGCAGAUAUAUAUUUCUUUAUUUCUAGAAGAGCUUCUUUUGUACAAACGAAGUCAAUUUCCAAAGGAGCCCUUACGGUUCGGAUUAAAUAUCCUACUUAAAAAAGUAAGAUAUGUAUAAAUACUGUUUCCUU